AUGGCUGGUUCUUCUCCCGCUGCCCGUACAUCACAGCAAUGGUCCUCUCCUGACCGUCCUCGCAUGUCCAGUAUAUCGUGUAUCCUCAGUGAAAGUCGUAACACGGCGAUCAGCCAUCAGGAUGCUCUCGCACGAGCUCAAGCCGAGCACGAUCGCGUUCGCGAGGCUGCUAUCAGAGUUUACCACGAUCACGAGUUGCAAGAGGAACAAAAAAGGCUGUUAGAGCAACAAAAAAGGAUACUGGAACAACAAAAGCUAGAGGAAGAGCGAAUCCGAGCUGAGGAACGGCUGAGGGCCGAAGAGGAGCGCCUAAGAGCUUUGAAGGCCAAAACGGUCCCUCAGCUGCCACCAGAACCGCCAACACCUGUUGCCCACACAAAUGGAUCCGCUGCUGCACCGGCCCAAAUCAAAGCUACCCCAAUAAUAGCGAAUUCAGGAGCAUUAUCCAGCUCAAAGCCACCCUUAUUCGGUGUUCAACAGCCUGCCUCGACCAACGGGUUGAGCGGACAUGCCAAUGGCACAGUGCAGCCAAAUCCAUCACAGCCGUUUGGUCAACCCAAAACUAUACCCCAAAAUCAAACAUUGAGCGGCCCAUCACCAUUUACACAGCCGUUUUUACAACCCAAUGGUUUGUCAGCUGCAGCUCCUGCAAAACCCCCUGUCGCUAUCGAUGUAGAUCGGUAUGUCGAAAUUCAUAAGAACCUCAAAAAGCUACGGGCAUCUUUGUUACAGCAAUCCAAGUUAUCUCCGCCCUUGAAGAAGCGGAUGGGAGAUAUGCGGCGAGAACUAAGAAAGAAUAUGGGUCAAUUGGUAGGCGAAAAGGGCGGUAAUAAGAAACAGAUCGCGGCUAUUCAAGCACUGCUGGAUGAAUCGCUCAGGGGAACUGUACCAAGCGAGCUGGUCGACCCGUCCGAUUAUAUCACGGACAGAAGAGAACCAGUCGAAGGUGCAUUACACAACGAGCCACGGCUUCCGUCUCUAUUUCUCUACCUUCUAAAUCACUUCUCCAAAGCUGUUAUCAACCAGUUCAUCAAUGAAUGUGGAGCGCAGCCCAAAACUGCUGAUCCUAUCGGCGUUAUUGUUGCCAUGAUUUUCUCCAAGGACCUCUACCUGUGGAGGGGGAAAACUUUGAUCGAUAUUCUAAUGGCGAAACUACGCGUUGUCUGCCCCGUUCUCUUUGGAUAUCGCGGUAGCGAGAAGACAGAAAACGGUCGUCUUCGCCUAGGUUGGAAGAAGACAGAGACUGGAUGGGCACCCGAGCAGCAGCAUAGUGACCGAAUGAAGGGCUUGGGAGCAGGAUACGCUGCCAUUGCGCUGAGGAACUUCUCGAGUUCGAAGAACACCAACCCAUGGCCCCCGUCGAAGUACUGGGCUAGCAUUGCGCGGAUAGUGAACACUCCACCAGCCGAAAUCACGAACACACAAUGCGUUGUUCUUAGAGCUAUGAUCGAAGCCAGCGAGGAGAAGUUCAUUCACUUCUACGGAAACGCAGCGAUAGCCGCAUUGAGGAAAGCGUUGGUGGAAUUCCCCGGAAAAGCCGUAGAAAAGUCACCUGGCGUUUCGGGAUUGCAGGUUCUGGCACAGAUUUUGAAGCGGGAUAUAGGCUUGGAAUUAUAA